CUUCCUGUCUCGUGUGUCGAAGGUCCUCCAAAGUGAGGCCCGGCACUGAAGGCAAGUCUGUCAAGCGGUGUGGCGGCGGGUACGGCCGCGAAUUAGCUCGGGCCUAGUGUACGGGAACUCGUCCACUCCUUCUUGCAGUUAUCCUCUUUCUUCUCCCACGGCGCCUCCGGGAGGCCUUGGCUCCCUGAGCGCCCAAGCGAGUGUCUGUCGGCAGGUUCGCAGAGGGCCAUGGAGGUGCGGCCGCCGGCGCCCCGGAGCUUCCUCUGCAGGGCGCUGAGUCCUUUCCCUCGGGUCUUUGCUGCCGAAGCUGUGGCCGCCGAUCCCAAGGCUCUUGUGGAAGACCAGAAGCUGCCUUCCUACGUCCCAGAACCCCAAUACCCGGAAUCCGGAUGGGACCGCCUCCGAGAGCUGUUUGUCAAAGAUGAACAGCAGAGAACGUCAAAAGAACUUCAGGAUAUUUACAAGGCGGCAAUUUCAGCAGGCAUCAUUGGCUGGGCAUAUGGGGGUAUACCAGCUUUUAUUCAUGCUAAACAGCACUAUAUUGAGCAGAGCCAAGCAGAAAUUUACCACAACCAGCUUGAUGCAGUGCAAUCUGCACAUCGUGCUGCCACACGAGGCUUCAUCCGGUACGGCUGGCGCUGGAGUUGGAGGACGGCCAUGUUUGUAACUAUAUUCAAUACAGUGAACACUGGUCUAAAUGUGUACCGAAAUAAAAAUGCCCUAAGCCAUUUUGUCAUUGCAGGAGCUAUCACUGGAAGUCUUUUUAGAAUAAACUUAGGCCUGCGUGGCUUGGUAGCUGGUGGCAUAAUUGGAGCCUUGCUGGGCACUCCUAUAGGAAGCCUGUUGAUGGCACUUCAGAAGUACUGUGGUGAGACAGUUGAGGAGAGAAAACAGAAGGAUCGAAAAGCACUCCAGGAGCUGAAACUGGAAGAGCGGAAAACCAGACUACACUUUACUGAGCUCCUCCCUGAAGAAAUUGAAAGCAAUUUACAGAAAAAUCGAUCCAAGGACGAUGCUAAGAAAAUUGAAGCACUGCUAAAUCUUCCUAGAAACCCUUCGUCAGCAGGUAAACAAAACAAAGACUGAACAUGCUCUGGACUUAAAACUCAUUGGAGAGUUGAAAGGAGCUGUGUCGCCAUGUCCAUUGAAUGCCAGUUGAUUGGACUGCUGACAGAUGUAAGCACUGGCAUCUGUAGUGGCAGUGACUUGCUCUUACUUUUUUUACUUUUUUUUUUAACCAAGAAUUGUACUCUUACUUUACUCAUCCUUAAAUUUAAGUACAUACUUCUAUCUACAUUGAUCUAUAUAUUUGACAUUAUAUCUGUAUUGAUUGAUCAAUAUAGAUUUCUUUUCCCUGGAUUAUACAAUAGUAAAUUAAGAUUUCCCAAAAGAUUAAAGUUGAAUUGUACAGGUUGUAAAUUUAUUCUUGUAGCCCUUUAAAAGAGUACUGCAGGGAUCACUAGGAGAAGGAGAGGAAGGAACCAGGUAAGGCAGAUGGUCUGUGAAACCCUUGUGCCCUUGAGUCCUAGAAACAGUAAGGACCUAAAUGUGUAGUCGUGUUUGGUUCUGUCUUAAUAAAAAUCAAAGAUGGUUCCUGUGCCAUUUAAAAUAAUAUAAAACUUAGGGGCUUCCCUGGUGGCGCAGUGGUUGAGAGUCUGCCUGCCAAUGCAGGGGACACGGGUUCGAGCCCUGGUCUGGGAAGAUCCCGCAUGCUGUGGAGCAGCUAGGCCCGUGAGCCACGGCUGCUGAGCCUGCGCGUCUGGAGCCUGUGCUCCGCAACGGGAGAGGCCGCGAUGGUGAGAGGCCCGCGCACCGCGAUGAAGAGUGGCCCCCGCUUGCCGCAACUACAGAAAGCCCUCGCACAGAAACGAAGACCCAACACAGCCAAAAAAACUAACUAAAUAAAUAAAUAAAUUUAUUUAAAAAAAAAAACAAAAAAAAAAAACACUUAACAAAAAGGAAGUAGAUAAGCAUUAUUAAAGAAACAACCGGACCUUGUUUCCUCUCUCAGUAAUGCUGACAAAGUAUCUCUGCUGUAGUAUACAAGAGUUACUCAGAACAGAUACACUGUCUCUACACUCCAGGAGCUUGCUGCCUGAGAAGGAGGCUGCCCUGCAGAUGAUAACUUUUACUAAAUGAGAGGUGAGAAUGACUGAAUUGAGUGUACUGAGAGGAAAAAACUGCUAGUGCUUUGUUUUGGGGUUAGACCUCUUGGUUCCUACUCUGAAAAUACCGUUGUUCACGUGAGCAGGGUUUGUGAAGCAGCCUAGAGUAGGGGCUAAAGCCGUGGGCUCUGGAGGCAGAACAACUGGCUUGGAAUCUCAGCCCUGGAGCUUCGCAGCCAUGUGACCUGCAGCCAAGCCAUUUUACUUUAAGUCUCAAGUUUUCUCAUCUGUCAAAUGAAACAGUAUCCACUUCAGAAUGAGUAUUAAAUGAAACGAUGUUUGUAAAACAUAGCACAAUGCUGCGGCACACAGGGCAUUAUCUAACAACAGGUAUUAGCAGUUAAAAGGAUACACACCAGCACAUUUUCACCAUGAUUUACAUGUUAUUGCCACACUCCCAAAAGCAUGUUUUUCUUAAUUAUCCAAUUCAUAAAUUGCUGACAAAUUGGCACUUAGUCAGUCUGUUUAUUGUUUUAUUCACAACCACAUUGAGAUUAAAUCCUUCAACUUAUAAAAUUAUAUGGUUGGUUUUAAAAUAAUUUUAUUCAUAUCACAAAACUAUCAGAAUAAUAAAAGUAAAAAAUACUACUCCUUGAAAAAAUAGUAGUAACACAUUUAUUAAAUGUAAUAAGCAAUAAUUUACUAUAAUUUAUUUAAAGUACAAGUAAGCUGUCUCUUAGGUUUGUACUGUUUUGUGGUUACUUCUAGAGGUCUCCUUUUGAUCAUGUCCAAGGAUUAUGAAUCUUAACUAAAUGUGGCAAUUCCUGGUGUGGUUUUUUUUUUUGGGUUGCUGUUUGUUUGUUUAAAUUCUUGUAAUUUUGUUCUAUGAGCAACCAUUUAAAAGUGUACCUCUGAAAAAAAAAAAAAAGAAGUGUACCUCUGUUCCUUAGACUAUAUAGAGUAAUCUAGCCCCUUUACAGCUACCAAAAUUAAACGUUUUAAAUCCAGCCCCAUUUGAGAAACUUGGUCAACUUGCUGUGCAACUCCAGAUUUUCAAAUGAGAAUGUCUGAUUGCCCCAGGUUAAGUCACAUCCACUCCUGGUCCAAUGAGCAUGGAAGGCAAUUUCAGAGAAAGAGGAGUCAUGAGUUAAGUAAUGUAGGAACAGCAGUUGACCACUUCUUUCUUUUCAAUUCUCUGCUGAUGUCAGAGGGAUCCAGAAAUACCAUGGAGGAAAAGCCACGUUAGGGAUCUAAGGAAGCCCUAUGGAGUGCUAUUUUCAUUACUUCAAUCAAUUUCUGCUAAAGACAGCUUACUCUUUAGUACAUACACAAUAAAACCUAUCUCAUUUUAAAUGAGAACCUUCUCAUAAAGAUUUUACAAAUGAGAUUAAACUAGCAUAAAGCCAUUUAAGGAGAGUAUCAGUCCAAUGUGAACUAAACAAAUUAUCACUCUCCAACCUUACUAUUGCUUUGAGGUGUAAGUAAGUCCCCUACAUACCAACAUUCAAGUUGUGAACUGUUUUUUUUUUAAUUUAACUAAAAAUAAAUUUUAAUUCCUUUAUAUGUCUUUGAAGUAACCAAAUAGAUAUGCCAAUUUUUAUUACAAAAAUGAACUUAUGAAGCUGUUUUCAUUUGCAGUUACUUUCUAGAACAAGUUAUUGGUUAGUUCAUAAAUUUUAAAUAGAAAAAAAGUUUGUGUGUGUUUUGUACACAUGCACAACUUUUGCUAAAUCUUUUCUUAGAGAAGUUUGCAUUUUCCUCCUUAACAGUUUAUUGGUUGUGUCAGUCUUAACCACAGAGGUUAGCAGUGUGUAUUAAGUAUUUUGCUAUGCCCUUGUUCUCUAAUACAGUAUUUACUUUGGCUCACCAAUUUUUUCCAAGGAAUUAUCAAGAAGCAUUCAUCUGGGCUUUUCAUAGUAUUGAUUUAUUUUUUAGUUGCUCCUAUUAAAAGAAAAAAACCAGUUCAAUAAAAUCUAUUCU